GGUGUGUGUGCGCGUGUUUUAAGUGAUUUAAUCGAUUCAGAGCCUGCAUGCCCAAGCAAGUGAGUGACUGAAGGAGACUCAUAGUAAAUGCAAGCAGCACUGCCUCAGUGAACAGAAUUUGUCAUUUCUUUCUACAUCUAUGGGGGACAGUGGUGUGCAGCAUCUUGAAGAGUAGAUGUUCUUUCUUUCUUUAAGAGUCCUUCAAAGUGGCCAGAAGAGACUGCUGAAGUUUACCUACCAACCGAGACGGGGACGUUUGUUCGCUCCUUGGGUAAUCUGAACCUCAUCUCCAGCAGACCGAACACCAUUUCAAUUAAUUCAGGAUGUGGAACUUAAACAAGCUUUUCCCACACCACACAGCUGUGCCAGAGCCAAACAGCACUGCGGUGACGCCAUCUGUUUCCAGUGCAGCUGAUAAUUCAACAGAACCAGUGAACAGCAGCAAUCAGUAUACUACAAUAUUCAAGCAAUUGGGGGUUGUCUUCAAGAAAAUACCAUUGCCACAAUGGGCUAUCAUUGCUUUGGCUGUAGUGGUGGGGCUUCUCGUCAUCACCUGCUGCUUCUGCAUCUGCAAAAAGUGUUGUUGCAAGAAGAAGAAGAACAAGAAAGAAAAGGGAAAAGGCAUGAAAGGAGCCCUUAACUUGAAGAACAUGAAAGGGGAUGGCCAGGUAAAACAGGAUGAUGAGGAUGAUGAUGCCGAAACAGGGCUAACAGAGGAAGAAAAAGAAGAAGAAGUGAAAGAAGAAGAGAAAUUGGGAAAAUUGCAAUAUUCUUUGGAUUAUGACUUCCAGGACAACAAGCUGACAGUUGGUAUUAUCCAGGCAGCAGACCUAAUCUCUAUGGAUAUGGGAGGCACCUCUGACCCCUAUGUUAAAGUUUUUCUUCUACCAGACAAGAAAAAGAAGUUUGAUACCAAGGUCCAUAAGAAAACGUUGAAUCCUGUUUUUAAUGAGUCUUUCACCUUCAAGAUUCCAUAUCAAGAAUUGGGAGGAAAAACUUUGGUGAUGGCUAUUUAUGACUUUGAUCGCUUCUCCAAGCAUGAUAUCAUCGGUGAGGUCAAAGUACCUAUGAACACUGUGGACCUGGGACAGCCUAUUGAGGAAUGGAGAGAUCUGGAAAGUGCAGAAAAAGAGGAGCCAGAGAAGCUGGGGGACAUCUGCAUUUCAUUGCGCUAUGUCCCCACUGCUGGAAAACUUACUGUCUGCAUCUUGGAAGCUAAGAACCUUAAGAAAAUGGAUGUGGGUGGACUCUCAGAUCCAUAUGUGAAAAUUCAUCUGCUUCAGAAUGGCAAGAGGCUAAAGAAAAAGAAGACAACAGUGAAAAAGAAUACAUUGAACCCCUACUACAAUGAAUCAUUCAGCUUUGAGAUUCCAUUUGAACAAAUUCAGAAAGUCCAGGUAGUCAUCACAGUCUUGGAUUAUGAUAAAAUAGGAAAGAAUGAUGCCAUUGGUAAGAUCUUUGUCGGGUACAACUCAAGUGGCACCGAGCUGAGACACUGGUCAGACAUGCUGGCAAACCCACGUAGGCCCAUCGCCCAAUGGCACCCGCUCAAACCUGAAGAGGAAGUGGAUGCUAUUCUGGCAUCACAGAAAAAGUAAAAACUGGUCCACUUUACUCAUUCACUGAUUUCCAGGCUCUGCAUGAAACUAACAACCCCUGGUACUGCCAGCGCCGGUAAAUGCCAAUAUUAAAGCUUCAUGGUUUUUUAUUGUCCAUUAAUCAAUUUUCUAAUUGAAGUUCAUCUCCAUUAAUCCUGCUCUGGUAAUACUCCACAGAUGUUGUCUCUUUACAUGUUUUCCUUUCCUGCUCAAUCUCUAACUUUCCUUGAGUUUUAUGGAAUUAUGUUUACUCAUUAAUGUAUGAAGGAUGCUUUGUUUUGGUUCAUAAUUAUCUACAAAUGAUAACCUUUUAUGAGUUUACUGUAUUUUUCAGUUUCUUUACACAAUUAAUUUCUUUUAGUAGCUGAGGUACAACCACAUCUUACUAUGGUUUUAGAAAUAUUCAGAGAGCCCAUUCUGAUAAACUGGAUAAAGCAUUUGCUGCCAGCUGAACUUCCCAUCUUUCCCAUUGGUUGGGCAGCUGUAGACCACUUUUUCAGGAUCGGCAUUAAUUAAUAAACUAAAUCUUGUCAAUGCCAGCAGGAUCAAUUGCUGAGCUUAUAUAUAUUUAGUUACACAUUUGCCAAGCCAUUAGAAAAAAAAAGAGCAAACCAUCCCAUAGUAGUGUGAAAUGUUUAAAGGGUAAAUGAAUCAAUAUAAAGGGAAAAACAAUCACAAAAGACAAACAUAUAUUUUAAAGAUAAAAGAACAGCUUCUACUAUUCAGAAGUAAUCACUGCUUUACAUGGAUUUGUUUUCACAUUUUUGGUUUUAUCCAAACAUGUCUUUUUAUUACUAGUGCAAAAUUUCUACAAGUGAAAAAGUAUCCAGAAAGGAUUACAUAAUUUGGAAAAUGUAAAUUAACCACAAUUGGAUCUAUCUAUCUAUCUAUCUAUCUAUCUAUCUAUCUAUCUAUCUAUCUAUCUAUCUAUCUAUCUAUCUAUCUAUCUAUCUAUCUAUCUAUCAGACAACAUCCUUCUGUACCUCCACAGAGGACAUCAUCAGUGUUGCUGAAGGUCAUAUUGGUGUCAACCCCAACCAGUCUGUACCAA